UGUCUUCUAAGCUUACUCAAUAUGGCUUCUGUUACAUCAGCGGAUGGCUACUUUACUAAAAAUAAAUUGUCAAAUAAACUACAAACGUGGAGAAAACCCGUGGACAAACACGUAAAGUAUGACGUCAAUAAGUCUGCAGUUGGUGGGACUUACUCUGGUGGCUUCUUUAUCUCGGACAAAAGGCGCCGAUCCGUCAGCCAUAAAGGAGUGCACAGAGCAAGGGAAGUGCUACUGGAAAGGAGAGUGUAAAACACCCGGUAGGGGGCGUGUCUGGCAGUCAGGGGAAGAGUGUGCUGAAAUGUGGUGCCACGCCUACAAAUUUCAGAAGUACCUAGCCAUCAGAGUGAACAGAUUCUACUGUUGUCGAUAUAAAGGACAAUGUAAACAAAAAGGAGAGGAAUGGGAGGAAGAAGGAUGCGUAAAGAAACAGUGUCGUAUUAGAGGAACACGGGGAUACGAACGGAUCAUCACCGUGUCACAGCUAGGUUGUAGAGACUCUAGCGGCAGGUGUCACUUCCCCGGAGAGCCCUGGGAGGAGAACUGUAUCAAGUACCAGUGUGUUAACAAGCGUAACUCAACGUCUGUUCAGGGGAUAUAUGAUGUCAUGGAUAUUGGUUGUCCCCAUGAGGGUGGUUGUCUUAAGGCGGGUCAGGUAAUUCCGGACCCCCAGAGCAAGUGUAUCACAAAGCGCUGUGUCACAGCCAAGGAGAACGGUGGUAUCUUCCGGACCAUGGAAACAGAUGACAUCAAAUGCGAAGAUGCUAAUGGUUUGUGUCACGAUGAGAGUGAGACUGGCUGGCCUCUUUAUAUAGACGGCACUGUUUACAACAACUGUCACUGUAAGAUAGUCCGUACACAGGACGGGUCCGUCUCCAUCCAAAAAGGCUGCUCAUAAACGUCGUCUUACAAAGGAAGUGAUAUCAGUAUCAGUGUUUUUAAAAACUGAAAUGACAUAAAAAUGACGAAUAGCAUUAGUAGUUACAACAUUUAUUUGUUUGGUCGCCAUAUUUUUUUCGAAUGUGAAAUAAUCGUAUGUUCUUUUAUUACUUAAAACCCCUUGCCCUCCCCCGAAAAAAUAAUUAUAUGUGUUGUAAAAUAAAAGUGUAUUAUUUGAAAAAUUAAAAAUACCUUUGAAUAGCAAAUUAUCUUACAGUUUCACGAGACGUAAGCAAGUUUAAUUGGCACUUGCCGUGAAAAAAAUGAAGCGAUAGUUUUCUGAAACAGCUAUGAAAUAUUGUACAUGUAUGAUUAUUAUUAUAAGUCAAAUCAUUACAUGUAAUUUAUUUGUUGGCCACAUAUUAUUUCAGGAUUUUUUUCCACAGUUUAUUAACUCGCUCGAAAAGUAACAGCUUCUUGCUUAGACGUUUUUAAAUGCAUGUGUACAUGUACAGUUUAUUGUUAGGACAGUUUUUAUUAUAUAAAUAGUGCCUGAUGGGGAGGGUAACAGUUGAAACUGAUACCCCCGAAAAAAAAUUCUCAACCGACGCGAAAAUUUUAAUUGUUGCCCUUCCCAUCAGGCAGUAUUUAUUUUAUUACAAUGAAUUUCUUAGUUUUAAAGAAAACUUUACUGCUUUUAAAUUUUUGACGUGAUUUCUACGGCGAACCGUACAUGUAAGAAUUCGUUGUGUUGAGCGUUGCCAAGUUUGUUGCGAACGCUGGUGGUAAUAGAACGGAUUUCAAACUGUGUCUAAACGAAUCAGAUUUCAGUAUUUAACAUGGAAGUAUAAUAAAACAGAAUAUCCUAAUUGUUAAAAUUAGGUUUGUUUAUUACAAGUUUUUAGGUUAACAAAUAACAACACAUUACAAACUCCCGGAUUUUUGGUAUAAAGAAGUGAUAGAGAUGUGUGCAUUCUCUAAUGUCUGUUCUGAAUGAAAAAUUGGAUAUGUAAAAUGGAUUUCAGCCGCAAAUAUAAAGAAAUGGUUUACUAAUAUUGAGGACUUGUCAGUAGGCUAGAUAUAUAGAAUUUUAAAACGCUAGAGAUUCGAUUGUAAAUAUUUAGAUAAUUAACAUAUUAUUAUUUACCAAAUAAACUUAGAACUAUUCUAUGAGAUCUGAAUCUCUAAUCACCAUCUCCCAGUUGAGAAAGAAAUUGCAAAUUGAGGUAUUGCUAUUGAAUUUUAUGUAUGAACACAUCGUAAACAUAUG